GAAUAUUAUUGUCGCGUGAAAAAAUCUUUAUAAAUUCAGACAAAUCCCUUAUAUUACUACCAAAGGUCGUCUCUCUUGUCUGUAAAUCAAAAUCCUCAAUAACUAAAAAAACAAAACAAGAAAAACUCUCUAAAUCUCUUACAAGAACACAUCUCAAGAUUAAAGAAACAACAAGAUCAUCAUCGAGUGUAGUAAAAAUGGUGAGCCCAUUUAGAUCUCCAUGUUCUUCACCUAAGAAAUCAAGAAAAUCAAGCAAGAACCCUUAUUCGAAUCGUGGACUUGACAAAUUCUCUGAGCUUCUCUCGGAGCUAGACGAGAAGAGACAAAGCAUAUACUCGAAGAAGCUCGAUUCCGGUGGACCGCCUCUUGUUCGAUUCGUGUUCACGAGCUCCGGCGAGUGUGUCCCAAUUGUGAUCAGAUCGUCUUAUCUACACAAGAAGAACAAGAAGAAGAAAGAUGUUGUCGCUGAGAAAGUCAAAACAGAAGAAGUCAACGAAGCGAAAACAGAGGAAAUCAAGAAGAAGACAGAGCCUGAAACAGAGCAGAAACCGAAACAGAGCUGUGUUAUAAACGAGAAUCUGAAGAAGAUCGCGAGACCGAACCAUUUCUUUCCUGUGACUGUGAUCUUGGUUCUUGUUUUCUUGGCUUUCUUUGGAAGAUCUGUGGCGAUUAUGUGCACUUGUAUCGUUUGGUACUUGGUUCCAACGAUUCAAGAACAGAGCGGAUCAUCAUCAAUGUCUUACGCGAUGAAGAAGAAAGAUUUCGCUAGGAAACUAAGUAUUGAAAACAGAGUAUCGUUUAAUCCAAGAACUGUUCGUGAUCAGUCUCCUCGCAAGUAGAACACGUUUUAUCAUUUUGGCUGCUCGUGAGAAAAAAAACCGCGUGAUCGAGCAAAAACGUUUUUUUCUUUGUCAAAAGUUUUUUUUGGUUUGUCUCUUUGUUUAUUCUCUGUUUUGUUCAUAGUUGUUGAAAUUUAGAGACAGCUGAAUUAGCAGAAACAUGUGUAUCUUUAUUUUUGUUUCAUUAGGUUUUAAAUGUUUAUAGAUGUAAAUAUGCAAUUGGGAAGAUGUUACAUA